GUCCGCGCGGAGGGUUCCGGCCGCGAUGGGGCAGAAAUGGGAGGGCUCCGUGUCCCGGGGUCCUGCUUCUGCGUCCCCGGGCACUGUCUUUACUUUUCCUGCCGCGUUUCCCGGUGAACCUCCCCUUCCGCUGCAUCUGUGCAGCGUUUGGUUUUCCUGUGCGCGGCCGGAGCCGGGAGGCGGGCGGUGCCGGCUGUUCGCUUUAACGCCGGGCGAAAACGGAGGCCCUCGGCCUGCAGGGGUAGAAGAGCUGGGCCUGGAAUCCAGCCCUAAGGGCGUCCUGGGGCCAGCACCAACUUCUGUAGGAAUCCAGACAAUAACACCGAAGAUGGUGGAGGCCGAAGAGCUGGUGCAGCUGCGGCGGCUCAACCUGGAGCUCCUGAGGCAGCUGUGGGCUGGGCAGGACGCCAUGCGGCGGGCUGUGGCCAAGGCAGCCCUGGAGUCGAGCCUGGACUGCAGCAGCAGGUCCAACACAGAGACCCUGGCAUCCCAAGAGGCUUCCUCCAUGGCCCCAGGAGCCUCCAGCCCACAGUGCGAGUGCCACGUGCAGGUCCCACCGGAUGUCCACCAAGAGGACCCCUGUGAAGGGGCCUGGCCUGGCAGGACCAGCUCCAGGACGGCCUCUCUCACACCCACCAAGUGCCAAUCCCAGGAGUCCCUGGUCCCACCAAGGCCCCACUCGGCCCCUGUUACCUCGGACUUGAAUGACCCAGAGCUUCCAACAGGGCCGGACAGACUGGGGCCCCAGGAGGCCCAGGCCCAGAGGUCUGUCCCGGAGCCUCAACAAAGCAAGCUGUCCAAGCCCAGAGUGACCUUCAACAAGGAGGCUGCAGAGUCCGAGAGCAGCUGGUGCCUGGGCUCCAACUGGACUGCAGGGUCCCUGGACUGUAGCUCUCCCCUCAGCAGCAAGUCCGAGGACUUCUUCUCCAAGCUGCAGGAGUUUCGGGAAGCCAACAGAGACGAGUGCAUCUCCAGAGGCCCCGAACCACAGCUCGCCGGCGUGCAGGAGAGCAGGGGCGUGGAGGACGAUCACGAAUGUGUGUACUGUUACCGCGUCAACCGGCGCCUGUUUCUGGUGCCUGCAGACCCCUGUGCUCCCUGCCGCCUGUGCAGGAUACCACGGGACCAGCAGGACCCCAGUGCCCUGGCGGGGCCAAUACAGGUCAGGGUGACCCUCCCGCUGUCAGUCCUGGAGCCCCCGUACCGCUACCACAUCCACCGGCGGAAGAGCUUUGACGCCUCAGACACACUGGCCCUGCCCCGGCACUGCCUGCUGGGCUGGGACAUCAUCCCUCCCAAGCUGGAGAAGUGCUCAGCCCCCAGGAGCCUGGACCUCUGGUCCUCCGUCACCUCCGAGGCCCAGCACCGGAAGCUCUUGGCCACCAGCUCUUCCCGCCUGGCCCUGCCGCCGCGGGCUCUGCCUGCCAGCCCCAUCUGGUCGGAGCCCCUGGUCUCCCGGCCCUUCACCCCGUGGCCAAAGCCCUGAGGAAUGACCUCUUGGAGGAGGACGGUGUCCCUGCCAGCCCCUCUAACUGCUCCCCUCUGGGCAGGGGGAGCCCACAAGAGCGAAGCCCCUGCCCACUCGCAGCUGGAGGUGGACGUAGGCCCUGCCCUCCUGGAAGGGGGGCUCUGGGGAGAAGGCAUAUGUGUCAAGGUGGGGUUAGUGACAUGUCUGUGAAUAAAGCUCCCAGGUCUCUGUG